AUGGCGGGUGAGUUGAAUGAAAUCAUGAGUACAUUACAUAAAAUCUCAGCUGAGAUGUCCAGUUUCUCAGCUCGACAAGAGCAACUGGAAGCUGCACAAGAACAUAGCAGCAAACAUCAGGAAGAGUCUUUGAAUGAGCUAAGGGAGGUCAUCAAUGAGGCAAUUCUUGGGGGCAAACGACCUGAGAGAGACAAGGGGACACAACCUGCAGAGGGUGAGUUAUAUUCCCCUAGUGAUCAACCAUCUGAUUUUGGAGAUCUAGCCACACCAAACACCAGCAAUAUGAGCACUGCACCUGUGAGUAUCUUCACCUCUUCUGUCCCAACUCCUAAUCUAAGUCCUAGACCAGCUGCUAGUAACCCUAUAACAAGUGAGGUGAGUUCUGCUCCCAUUCAGCUGCCUAGAGCUCAACCUCAACCACCUACUCGUUCAGUCAUGAUAAGCAACCCCCCUUUUCCUCGUCCUCCACCUUAUGUGUUCCCAAAUAUGCCCUCCCCUCAUCCCAGAUCUGCUCCUUUACAACCCCUAAAUUUUCCAAUCCCACCUUCCAAUGGCAGAGGUUAUCAGCCUCUAAUGGGCUGGACUCAAGGUUCUCACACAUGGCUGAUACCCCCUCAGUCCACCUACACUCAGCCCAUACCUUUUCCCCCUUCAUACUACACUCACCCUGGUCAUAUUCCUUCCCCUCUAUAUCAUCAGACACCCUAUGCACCAAAUCUACCUCAGUACCAAUAUAACACCAUUACUUCCAACCAGUCACAAACUCAGAAUAACCAUACUACACCCCUACCUAACAUACCCUACACAAAGUACACUAAGGUGGACUUUCCUAAGUUUGAUGGAGAAGAUUUAAGGACAUGGUUGUACAAAGUGGAGCAAAUUUUUGCAGAUGAGGAGGCGACUAUUCAGCAGAGAAUGAAGUUGGUAUCUCUGCACUUUGAGGGAGAUGCCUUGCAAUGUCAUUUGGGGUAUAUGAGAAGUAGAGGUCAGAUGCCCUUGCCUACUUGGGAGGAAUAUUUAUGGGCUCUUUGUGAUAGUUUUGGAGCUGAAUACUCAGACCCUAUGACUGAGCUGAUGAAUAUCAAACACACUAGUUCUGUAAAAGAUUAUCAGAAGGCCUUUGUGAGUGUGAUGACAAGGAUCAAUCUCUCUACAGAACAUGCCAUUAGCAUCUUCCUGAACAAUUUGAAGCCUGAACUCAGUAAUGCAGUCAAGAUAGGUAACCCCACCAGCUUACCACAAGCCUACUACCUAGCUAGAUUACAAGAAGCUAGUUUUGCUGCUCAGUGCAAGGCAAUCAAAGGCACCCUUUCUACUUCAAGUUUGCCCAAGCCAUUCACUAACCAGGGCAGCCCCAGUAUAUUUAAAGGAAAUCAACCCUCUUAUAGGAAACCAGUAGCUCCUGUUUUUUAUAACAACAGGAGAAGAAGACUAACUCCUACAGAGAUGGAUGAAAAAAGGGCCAAUGGGAUAUGCUUCUUCUAUGAUGAGAAGUUUACACCUGGUCACAAGUGCAAGGCAAAGAGGCAAUUGUACUCCUUAGAGCUUGAGGAGGAACAAACCCCCCUUUUAGAAGCACCAGAAACUGAGGAAGAAGAGUUUAUAGAAGCAAAAGAAGAAGAGCAGGAGCAUGCUGAAAAUUGUGAAAUAUCCUUAGAAGCCAUGAAGGGUUCUAAGGGAUAUAAGACUUUAAGGAUACAGGGCUUCACUGAACAAAGGCCAAUCAAUGUUUUGAUUGACAAUGGCUCAACUCAUAAUUUUAUAGAUGAGCAAACAGCCAAAAGACUGGGCUGCAAGGUAUACCAAAUGAAUCCACAGGAUGUAUUAGUUGCAGAUAGAAGGGUGCUUCAAUCAGUGAAGGGUAGCAAGGGGUUCACAUGGUUAAUGCAAGGGGUGGUAUUCACAGAUGACUUCUUGGUCCUCCCUAUUGGCAGCUGUGAUGUGGUGUCGGGCAUACAAUGGUUGUGCAUGCUAGGGGAUAUUCAGAUCAACUUUGCAAAAUUAUGGAUGCAGUUCUCAUACCAGGGGAAAUCAAUAACCUCGCAGGGAAAUUCCCCCUCCUUCAAGACAGUGCAGGCUAAAACACUUAACAGUGUACCUGCCAACACAACUGAGUUGUUCAUGAUAAGGGUCUGCCAUAAGGAAGACCCAGAGAAGGAGUCCUUUCCAAAGGAAGAUGGGACAUCUAUGGAGAUACAAGUGUUGUUGGAAGGAGAUAGAGAAGUGUUUGAGGAACCCAAACAACUGCCUCCUUCAAGAGGAGUAUUUGAUCAUCACAUUCCCUUGGUUGAAGGCAGCAUUCCCGUGAACUCUAGACCUUAUAGGUAUUCACCUAUUCAGAAGGAUGUAAUUGAACAAAUUACACAGGAAAUGCUGAAUCAAGGUAUCAUCCAAUACAGUUCCAGUCCAUAUGCAUCUCCUGUUGUGCUGGUGAGCAAAAAAGAUGGCUCCCGGAGGCUAUGUGUGGACUAUAGGGCCUUAAACAAGCUGACCAUUAAAGACAAAUUUCCUAUCCCUAUCAUUGAGGAACUGCUGGAUGAAUUAGGGGGUUCAACAAUUUACUCCAAGAUAGAUCUAAGAGCUGGAUAUCAUCAGAUUAGAAUGUCUAUCCCAGACAUUCAUAAAACAGCUUUCAGAACUCAUUCUGGGCAUUAUGAGUACUUAGUUAUGCCUUUUGGUCUAACUGAUGCCCCUUCAAGCUUUCAAGGAAUGAUGAACCAUAUAUUCAAGACUUACAUGAGAAAGUUUAUUCUGGUUUUCUUUGAUGAUAUAUUGGUAUUCAGUAAAAGCUUAGACGAUCAUGUCCAGCAUCUCAGGAUCACAUUUGAACUAUUAGUACAACAUCAGCUCUUUGCCAAAAAGAGCAAAUGUGUUUUUGCAACUGACAAGAUUGAAUACCUUGGGCACUAUAUCUCUGCUGCAGGAGUGGCUACAGACCCUAAGAAAAUAGAAGCUGUCCAAGCUUGGCCUACUCCUGUCAGUCUCAAACAACUGAGGGGUUUUCUAGGCUUGGCAGGGUACUACAGGAGGUUCAUCAAAGGCUAUGGGGUGUUGAGUAAACCUCUUACUGACUUACUCAAGAAGGAUAGCUUUCAAUGGUCUUGUAAGGCUACUGAGGCCUUCAGUAAACUAAAAGAGGCCAUAACUUCUGCACCUAUAUUGACCUUGCCAGAUUUUUCUAUCCCUUUUGGGGUGGAAACUGAUGCCUGCAGCCUUGGAAUUGGAGCAGUCCUAAUGCAGAAUGGACAACCAAUUGCCUACCUAAGCAAGGGGUUGUCUCCUCAACACCAAUCCUUGUCAGUCUAUGAUAAGGAACUCCUAGCUCUAGUGAUGGCAGUAAGCAAGUGGACUCAAUACCUAACAGGCAAAUCUUUCACAGUCAAAACAGAUCAGAAGGCACUCAAAUUCCUGUUAGAACAGAAGCUGCACACUGGCUCCCAACUCAAAUGGAUAACUAAGCUUAUGCAAUAUGAUUUCAUCAUUGAAUAUAAGAAAGGGAAAGAGAACAAGGCAAUAGAUGCCUUAUCCAGAUUGCCCUUGAUUGAGUUAGCAGCAUUGACCCUGUCCACACUUAAGUCUACUAAUGCUGAGUUGAAUGGGUACUCGUUUGUGCAUGAACAACUCAGAAGAAAUCGGAAACUAGUAGUGGGUCCUGAUGAUCAAUUGAGAAAGGAUAUUAUCCAGUUGUGGCACAAUUCCAUCCAUGGAGGGCAUUCAGGGAUAGAUCACACUUAUAGGAGGCUAGCUGCCCUUUUCUACUGGAAGGCUAUGAGAGAGGAUGUCAUGACACAUGUUAAGCAGUGUGAUACUUGCCAAAGAAGCAAGUAUGAGACUACCUCUUAUCCAGGGCUGCUUCAACCUCUGAAAUUGCCCUCUCUAGCUUGGAGUAGCAUCAACAUGGACUUCAUCGAGGGUCUACCCAAAUCCCAGGGAAAGUCUGUAAUUUGGGUAGUUGUUGACAGGCUAACAAAAUAUGCUCACUUCAUUGGUGUCUCACAUCCAUACUCAGCUAGUGAUAUUGCCAGAUUAUUCAUGGAUCAUGUGUUCAAGUUACAUGGUAUGCCAGAGGAUAUAGUGAGUGAUAUGGACCCUGUAUUCACUAGUAAACUAUGGCAAGAGCUAUUCUCUAUGCAUGGUGUUACCCUCAGUACUUCUACAGCAUACCACCCUCAGUCUGAUAGUCAAACAGAGGUAGUCAACAGGUGUUUCGAGACUUACCUUAGAUGCUUCUGCUCUGAUUCUCAAAAGGACUGGUUCUCUUAUUUAGCUGUUGCUGAGUGGUGGUACAACACCACAUUUCACUCCUCGAUCCAAACUACUCCCUAUGAGGCUUUGUAUGGCCAACCUCCCCCACUCCAUUUACCCUAUAUAGCUGGAGACUCAGUAGUGGAAGAAGUAGACAGAAGCAUGAUCACUAGAGAGCUCAAGUUUCAGCUACUUAAAUACCAUCUCCAAAGGGCUCAACAAAGAAUGACUAUCCAAGCUAACAGACACAGGUCUGAUCGAUAG